AUCCUAUUAUGUACCUUUGUACUAUAUGGAAAAACAAAAGCUCAUGUGUAAAGUUAACUCGCUAAAUUAGCAAUAGACUUAUCACUGAAUAAAUAACAAAGUUCGUCCCGAAUAAUAAUAUUAAAUAUAGUGAACAAAUACAGUUGAGAUAUCGAAUAUGUAACAAGAAAAGGUAAACAACUUCAUGUAGUUAAUAUUAGACGGCUUUAGGCUUAACGUGUGUUUACACCUGACGUAAGACUCAGAGCUAAAAUGAGUGACUCUCCUUUUCUUAAAACCGUUGAUGAAAGUGUAACAGGCUCAGUUUUUAAAGAUCUUCCAUUGUCAAUAUUCAACCAAGAUGGAAUACUAAAGGACGUUUCAAACAAGUUUGUAUCUACAUUUUUAAAAAAUCGUGUGGAUUCAAGACUUCUCAACCUAAAAGAACUCUCCAAGUACAGCUUUCCAUUAGAACAAAUCAGAGUGAAAAAAAAGAAAUGCUCAAAAAAAAGGCAGCAACUCUUAAGUGUUUCAGAGAAGAAACAACUUGGAUUAUUCAAAAUUAAUACAAAGAAAUUAAAAUUUGAUGACUUUGUACCUAUUCAUAAUCUGUGGGUCCAAUACAUGGAUGAAGUUAUACAAGAAAGCAGUGAUUCCAGUCAACUACAUCAAAAAUUAAUGAAAGCAGACUACCACGGCUGUUUUCUAGUGGUGUGUGCAGCUCGGUGUUCACCAUACUUAGGAGUUAGUGGUAUUGUUAUGCAAGAAACAAGAAACACGUUCAAGCUCAUUACAGGCAAUAAUAGAGUAAAAACCAUCCCAAAAAAGAAUACCAACUUUGCCUUUCAACACAAUGGGAAAUUUUACAAAAUUGUCGGGAACAAUUUCCAGUCACUGUCUUAUGAAAGAGCCAAGGGUAAACAAAAGCAAGCUAAGAGUGUGGAUGUGUGAAUUCCAGUUACAUUACAUGUCAGAAAGUGUAUUAAAAUGAUAUUUACAGUGUGUGUACAUAUAUUUGUAUAUUUUAGAAAAUAAAAUGUAAGUUUUCCUUCAAAGUAAAA